AUGUUGACCUACUCGUGCCAGACAUGUUCCGAGCAGCUGGAUGACUUGGGUAAACAUAUCUCUCAAACAAGACAUAAAACCAUCGUCUACAACCCAUUGGUCGAACAGAUCGAAUGUGAAGAAUGUGAAGACUCCAACAUCAACAUCCUCAAAAUGGUCCGUUAUGGAUACUCCGACAUGGCACUUCUAUGUCUGGAAUGUCUUCUGAAACAGCCAGGGGAGCUGCUGGCGGAGUACUCACUCUCGAAUGGCUCAUUGUUCCAGAAACUCCCUCAGUACUUCAAGUUUAGAGACAUCGAAUGUGAGACAUGCCACAAGGCCUCCACUUUAUGGGUUGCCAAUAAUAAAACAGGCCAAAAAAUCGUGUGCAGAGCAUGUUUGAAAGAACAUGAGGCUGAUUUCAAAAACUAUGAAUGUACAAGUGAAGAAAGUGAUGACUUCUUAUCUGCACUUUUAGGCAUCAAAGAGUAUGUUCCAAAGGGUGGAAAUAAGAAUAGAGGUAGACAAAGGAAGAUUGGCCGCAAAGGAGGUCGUCUGGCAAGACCAAAGAAAGUUGAUCCCAAUGCAGAGCAACGGAAGGCACACUACGAGAACAAGAAGGCCACCGAAGCAGCAUUGAAGUCUGGAAAGACAAUUAAGGCUGUGGGUUCGGGAGGCCCUAGUCCGGCAAUUUCGAGGUCUGUUACCCCAGUUCCUGUGAAGAGAUCUUUUGCUGGCAAACAGGAGAAGAAGCUGGAGGCAACAAAACUGGAAGGAAAGAAGCCGGAGGUUAAGAAGCAAGAUGUGAAGAAAUCUGAAGCACAAGGUGUGAAGAAAACCGAUGCCAGAAAGGAAAAGAAGCUUGAAGCCAGAAAGUCUAACACUAAGAAGGAUAUCAAGUCGACUAUUAAGACCGCCAUUGCUACUGAUUCCAAGAGUUCUUCACCAAAGUCAGGUGAUGAUCGAAAUGCUAGAUCUGGAAAUUCCGCUAAGAAGCCCGAGAGUCAGAAAACCAGCAAAGAUAAGACCCCUGUUGAGAAGCCUCAGCAGAAAGUUCAAAGUUCAAAGCUAUCAAGCAUUGAAACUGAUGGAAAGACUUCAAAGAAGAGCAGAAAUCCUCGUGAAGACUCGCCGAAAACUAAGGAUUCCAAGAAGCCAGACAAACCAAAGAAGAAGGACAUCAAAGUAGCAGGAACUAAUAAUGCUACCUUGAAAUCAGAAGCUCGUGGCAAUUCGGAUGGUAAAAAAAGUCCUGGUAGACAAGACAGUCGUUCUAUGGAUACUAUUACUAAAGAGAAGCUAGCAAAGGAUCCACAAACUAAUUUAAAUGGAUCCAAAUCUCUAGCUGAACUUCAGCCUAUCCCUGCCAUCACCUUGCCUCCAGGGAUCACCAAGUAUGAGCCAGCAAAAUCGCCUCCGCUCACAUACGAUAGCAUGGACCAAUACUUCAACGAGAUGUGCUACAACCUCUUCUUGGAGGAGAAAUCUAGUAUGUACAUGAGUAACAACUCCAUGCUUGUACCGGGUGAGUUUGAUCUUGAGUGGUAUGCAGAUCAAGACAGGAAACACAAGCAGUUCAAGAUCAAUGUGUUGAUGACUCUGGAGAUCUUGGAUAGAUACGUGUCGAGAAAGAUGCAGAACUUGAAGAAAACUCCGUUCAAUGUGGGACAGUCAUUGAUGUUAGUCCUCGGUGAGGACAUUCCUUGGUACGGCAACAUUGUUCUUGCAGAGUCAAGGAUUCCGAAGAGUGCAAAGCCUCCUAAGUUCAAAAAGGGCAGAAGACCCCCAAAAUACGAAGGACCCAAGAUGCUUGAAAUCAUCGUGGAGUUGUACAAGUGGAACAAGCAACCUUUGCCUUUGUCUGUGAACGUGAACCUUCUUCGUGUUUUGCCUGUCUCGGUUCCCGUCAGUCGAGUAUUCCUCGCAAUGUCCAGAAUUCUGAACCCGAAAUUCAUUGACAUGAUCUUAGGAAAGAAGCCUAUCAGACAGAUUUUCUUCAAGAAUUACUUGAAGUUUACCAAAGAUACGUUCAAUGACUCGCAAAAAGUGGCCAUGCAAUCAGUGUUGAAUAAUUCCAUUACUGUUUUGCAAGGUCCUCCAGGUACCGGUAAGACAUCCACCAUCUACGAGAUCAUAUUGCAACUACUCGACAACUUGAACACUUUCCCAAUUCUAGUUGUUGCGGCCUCUAAUAUCGCUAUCGACAACAUUGCCGAGAAAUUGUUGGAAAAACAUGGUAGAUCCAUCUUGAGAAUUGUCUCCAACGAGAAGGAACCUGAAUAUUCUAGAGAUCAUCCAUUGGCAUCUAUUUGCUUGCACCACAAGGUAUAUGAUGGACUUCCUGCUCAAAUUCAAGACCUCAUCAAAGAAAUGAAGAGACCUGGGUCCAAGAUUAGUCAGACUCUGUAUAAAAAGGUCCUUUCUGCCCAAAUCGAUUACUCAGACAAGCUCAUUGCUCUGGCUCGAGUCAUCUUUACCACGACAGUUGUUGCCGGAGGAAAUCAGUUGAAGUCUGUUCCAAAAAUUCCAGUGGUGAUUAUGGAUGAAGCCACACAAUCUUCAGAACCAACGACGUUGAUUCCGCUUUCCGUCCCAGGUGUGGAAAAGUUUGUUUUCGUCGGAGACCAAAAGCAGUUGAGUAGUUUCAGUCAGGUACCUAAUCUUUCAUUGUCUUUAUUUGAAAGAAUUCUUUUGAACGGUUCUUAUCAGACUCCUCAUAUGCUUGAUACACAAUACCGAAUGCAUCCCGCCAUCAGUGAAUUUCCACGAAACAAAUUUUACGAUGGUCUAUUAAAAGAUGGUAUUACUGCUGAGAACAGACAAAGAGAAGGAAUUCCACCAAAUCCUGUUGUCUUUUGGGAUACAUGUGGCAAAUCACCAGAGAUGCAUGUUCAUUCAAGAUUCAGGGAGGAUUCUGGCUUGACAUAUGCAAAUGCUGGAGAAAUCAAGUAUAUUGAGAAAGUCCUUACAAAUCUCAUUUUUGAGAAAUCUGUCAAGAAAGCAGAUAUUGGUGUCAUCACUCCAUACAGAGGGCAAAGAGAUAAGAUUUCUUCGACCCUUGUAAAGAACGAGCUCAUUAAUCCAGAAAAGUUGGAAGUUCAUGUUGAAAUCGAUCGUGAUGAUUUCUUUAACGAAUCAAAGCCUAUUACAAUUCAUACUGUCUCCGACAUUAUGAUCGCUUCCAUCGAUGCAUUCCAAGGUAGAGAAAAGGACUUCUUAGUGAUGUCAUGUGUGAGGUCCAACCCAAACAACAAGAUUGGAUUCUUGAACGAUGCUCGUAGAAUGAACGUUGCCUUAACAAGAGCCAAGUACGGCUUAAUACUCAUCGGAGACGUGGAAUGUUUGAGCAAGGCCGAUCCAUUAUGGAAGGAAUAUCUCGAUGCAUUGAAGGAGAGGAACCUUAUUCUACGCAGCGAUUCAUUCGCCUACAAUUAG